CCAUUUUCAUCAAAAAUAUAUGAAAGUGUUAAAUUUACUCCCUUUUACUAAAAUUAUCACAUAAAUUAACAAUCAACUAUGUCAACUUAUUAUUCAUCCUUAUUCAUGACUUUAAUGUUGUGUACAUCAAAAAAAUAGAUGUAACAAAUAUUUCUCCUCAUUAACAUAAUCUAUCUAAUUAUUUUUUUUUUUACAUCAUUAUAUAUAGAGUUCUUGAUGUAAACAAUCUAUUAUUUCUGCUUUCUUAAUACAAUCUAUUUUUGCACGUCCAAAUCAUUCUUUCAGGUGAUAAAACAGUACGUUUUUGCAAUAAUACAAAAACAAAAAAGCCAAUAUUGGUUUUAGUGCAAACAGUUUAAAAGUCAACAGUCUAAUCUGAGUUACAAAAGUUCAGUUAUAAGUUCACAGUUUACCUUUUAUCCAUUGACAUACUGUCAAUUUAGUUUGUGUUGUGUUUAUAUGCUUAUGCUAAGUUGCAUAAAGUAAGUUUAGUCAUGUACAAAAAAAGUAUGCAAAGUAAACCGAGAGAUGCAAAGUCGGUAUCUUUCGGUAGUAAGUUAACGCGUCAAAAAAGUCAACGGUUCGCGACUUUUUAUUUCGUUUUCAAAAGUCGAAAGUUAUCCGAGUCAGUAGUAACGCGUCGCGAAAAUUCACGGGAGUUUCAGUUUUCGAUUCGUUAUGAUCGAGAUGAAGUACGAGACGUCUUUGAAGUUAAGCAUGCGGUUGAAACAUUUUCGUGUUUAACACCAUCAACAAGAGCAAGGGCUCUUUAUGACACAGGGUAAACUUGAGGCAUCAUGUCUGAUUCUGACAGUUCUUCCGAUGCAGGAGUAGUCCCAUCUUCACCAACUUCUGGCCCAGCAUCACCAGAAGGAUCAGGCCCUGCCUCUCCUACAGACUCUGGUCCAGCAUCUCCAGAAGAUUUUGGUUCAGCUUCACCUGAUGAUGGACUUGCAUCUCCCACAGGGUCUUGUCCAGCAUCUCCUGCUGGUUUAGGACCUGCUUCGCCAGAUGAGGGUCCAGCUUCUCCUGAAGAUGACAACCAUCACAGUCCUGCAUCACCUAAUAGUGGAGCUGCUGAAAGUGACAGUGAAUGCCCACAUGAUGAAAGUGAUGAAGGUGAAAGAUCAGACAAUGAAGAAGCUAGAUCUAGUCCACCAUCGUGCCCACAUGUUGAAGAUCCUGCAUCACCAGCUAAAUCUUAUUGUUCUGAACCAAAUUCACCGGCAGUUUCAAGACACAGUACACCUCCUAGGUCUCCUGAUGAUAGAAGAGAGGAUAGGGAAGAUGAUGAUGCAAUUAGUAAUUCCUUGAAAAAGAAAAAGAGGAAAUCUGAAUCAUUAUCAGAUGUGUCUGAACUUGAUAGUGAUGAUGAAAAUAUGUCUAAGAAACAAGGUAAUUGUGGUCAAAAUGCUGACAGUUCUGGUGAUGAAGAAGACGAUAAAUCUAAAGAAGUUCUACCUAAUGAGGAAACAGAACAAUUAGAUUUUGAAGCAGAUGGGCAAUGGAAAGACAUUAAAGAUGAUGCAGAAAAUGAAGCGAAAGCAGAUGGCGUUGAAAAAGAAAAAGAAAAUGAUGAAGUUUCAGAAAAAAAAGACAAAAUUGACAAAAAAGAUAAGAAGGAUAAAGAUAAAGAUAGAGAAGCUGGGGAAUUAAAAGAUGAUUCAAAAGAAGAUGGUGAAAAAGCUGAAUCGGAACUAGAGGAAGGGGAAUUGAGUGACGGUGAUGAGGCUCGACCGGAAGAGACGGAACCUCGACCAGUAUGUCGUUUUUAUAGUCGUGGAGCUUGUACUUGGGGAGUUAGUUGUCGUUUCCUCCAUCCGGGAGUAACCGACAAAGGUAAUUACACCAUGUUUGAUAUGGUUCGUCCUAUGUCGUUCCCUCCGGCUCAACAUCCACCACAUGAUUUUCGUCCUCAUCUUGAGAGACCACCUCCUAUGAGGCCACCACCAGGGUACCCUCCACAUCCUCCGCAUCAUCCUGCUGGCCCAAAGCCUGGGCCUGGAGAAGAUCCAUCAUCAGAAAGUGCUUGGGAACGCGGGUUACGUCAUGCCAAAGAGAUGAUGCGGAAAGCCAAUAAGCGCAAGGAAUUGGAUAUGGAUUUUGAAGAGAAAAAAAUGAAUCUUGGUCUAGGUCAGGAUGAGAUGGAUCGUGAAGCUGGAUAUUAUGUCAGAGCGGGAAGUCCUGAACCUCCUGUAGAAAGGUGGCCACCUCCAAGAGAGCCACCAGCAAGACGAGCUGCUCCUCGACUUACACCGGAUCAUUAUCCACCGGAAGAACCAGAUCCAUACUAUCACGCGGGACCUGAAUAUUACAGAAGGCUGCAUUACAAAGAAGCUAGAGCUGAAUAUCGCGAACGCGCGGAGUAUCACAUGAGCCGUGGAACGCCUCAUUCUGUUUCGCCGUCACCUGCGCCUGAUCCUCGUGAACGUGAUUACUAUCAUCGUACGGCAAAAUACGAGAAAAAGCAUAAGAGGCCUUCGCGUGAAGUAAUAGUUGAGCGUAUACCCUCUUCAAAGACUUGGCGCGAAGAAGAUGGCCCGCCAGCCGCUGAAAGAGGUCGUGGUGACGAAUGGGCUGAUCCAUGGAUGAGACACAAAUCACCGUCCAGACGUCAUCGUAGUCAAGGCGCCUCUGGUCGUCGAUCGCGCAAACAAUCCUAUUCAUCUGGAUCAUCAUAUUCAUCUUCAAGCUCUAGCCGUAGCUCAAGUCGCACUAGCUACAGUUCUUAUGAUACCGUCUCCAGGUCCCGUUCCCCAUCUCCCCCGUCCAGGUCCAGGUCCAGAGUUAGCAGCAAGAAAAUCCCUACCUCUCCACCACCUCCGAGCUCUCAUCGUGCAGGAACGAUGAUAAUGAACCCACCGGCGCCAACGUCUCGCACGUCGAGUAAGACUUCUCCCACGGAUCGACGAGACCCAGUACCUGCUCCUUUGUCAACACAUUUAAAAGUCCGAGAAAAAAGUCGCGACAAAGCUGCUUUGGUUGCCGCCGCAGUUGCUAAGGUUAACAAGAGUCACUCGAGAUCCAGAAGAGCAAAACACAGAUCAUCAGCUAGCAGCUCGGGGUCGGAUAGUAGUGGCAGUAGUUCUGACUCCUCUGAUUCGUCGUAUUCAUCAUCAUCGUCUGCGGAAGUGCGUCGUCGCAAAGGCACACCUCCUCUCAAUCGUAAUAAAGAACUCAAAGAAAACAUCAAAGUAGGUGGUAGUACGAAAUACAAGGCAUCGACAGCUGCUGCUGCUGCUGCUGCCGCAGCCGCAGCCGCUUCAGUUAAGCGUAGUUCUACAGUUAUCGGUAAGAAACGACCUGCUCCAGAUACAUCACCGGUAAACGAUAAAAGGGAUAAAAAAGGUAGUAGGCGUGAAGAACUACUCAAGCAGCUUAAAGCUGUUGAAGAUGCUAUAGCUAGGAAACGCUCGAAAGUGUAAAGAUCUAUUAGCACCGCAUCGGUAAUGCCCAAGAAAGUCUUUACGCUCGAAUCUUUUACAUUCGUUAACAUCUUAAUUUGCGACUUAGACAUCUUCAUUUUUUUUCAUAAAAUUGAUCAUUGUUAUAAACUUUAGCAAUAUGCACUUCUAUGUAAAUGUAAAAAAGAGGGAAUAAGAUCUGUUCUUGAUAAUCCUCGCAGUGAUUGCAUUUUACCUUUUUUUUUUUCAUGCAAUUUCAUUACAAAACUCCAAUAUUGAGGUCAAUAUUCAAAAAAAAUUUGUAAGCAUGUUACAUCUUUUGAAUGAAGAACGAAUUAAAAAUAUUGUAAAAUCUUUUCAUUUAAAAUUUCCCCGUUACAGAUGAAAACAAGAAAAUUCUGAUUAGUAAAAAAAGUUAAAAUCGACGAUGUAGCUGCCAUUUUAGAAUUCACGUAGUUAGGUGAUAACUCACAAAAUCACUGAUACAGUGAUAGAGUUAUGUAAUUUUUAGGAUAUAAUUUUAUAUAUAAGUAAAUGCAGGUUUUUGCUCUAGUUUGUAAUAAAAAUUCAUACGAAAUAUGACUUUCGUAACAGUUUCCAUUAAAUUCGUAUGUCUUAAUAAAUUUAAUGAAUUUACAAGCGUCUGUUCAAAAGUGUGUACAAGAUCAAAAAGGAUAAUAUCCUUGUUCAUGUAAAGCGGUUUAAAAUUUUUUAAAAAUAUGCAAGCUACAAAAAUCAUUCAAUUUUAUUUAAAAAUAAUAUUUUGUAACUAACAAUUUGAUGUUAUAAAUAUUGUUUCGGAAGACUAAGUAUUCAGAAACGUGUGUAGUUGUACAUCAGUAUAACAGGCAAAUUUUGUAGUAAGUAAUGACUACCAUUGAAAAAAAUUGUGAUUUAUUUAAUCUGGCUUGAAAAUUUGAGUUUUGUAAAUGUUAAAAAGAACAUUGUUUUAUUUGUAUUACAUAUGAAAACUUGUACAAAUAUAUUAAUUACUUACAAUGGAAUUAAUCUACCUUGUAAAAAUAUUUCCGACUAGCGUCAAUUUAAGGUGAAUAAUGAAUAAAUAAAAUAAUUUUACAAAUGA